AUGGCAACCUUGACUAAGUCCGUGGUCAGACUUCAUUUGCUGUGUAUUUUCUUUGCUGUUGGGUCCUUCGUCUGGGGCUACCAUGUUGGUGUUCUAUCUUCGGUCCUUGUUCACCCUGGAUUUGUUGCCGCUUUGGGCAAACCCACUGCAGCACAGAAAGGUGUAAUAACAGCCAUAUACUACUUGGGAACAUGGACUGGCUACAUUUUCAUCUCCCACCCGGCGGCCGACUAUUUCGGAAGACGUUUUGCUGCACUGAUGGGCACAGCCACGGUUGCGGUAGGAACUGCUUUUGAGGCUGGCGCAACAGCCCCCGGCGCAUACGCGAUGAUGAUUAUUGGGCGCAUCAUUAGUGGAAUCGGAGUUUCUAUUAUCUCUACAUCAGUGCCUCUCUAUCAAAGUGAAGUUGCGCCCGCUGCCCAGCGGGGAAAGUAUGUCGUGUUAAAUCACAUUGGAUUUGUCGCGGGUCUGGCUGCUGGCUUCUGGGUUGGCUAUGGAGUGACAUUUUGGCAGAGCACGCCUCAUGAUGUCUAUGUCUCGUGGCGAUUCUCCAUCGCCAUUGUUCUAAUCCCUUGUCUUAUAUUUGGCACGGGACUUCCAUUCCUUCCAGAGACGCCGCGCUGGCUCGUAGAGCAUGGCCAUUACCAUCGGGCACAGCGUUCCCUCCACUGGCUCCGUGAGGGCAGUUACACCAACUCCGAAAUGGAAGCCGAGCUCAAUAAAAUCCAGGACGCUGUGGAAGAACACAAAUCAUCAACACUAAAUUGGCUAUCCCUAUUCAAGGAGAGAGAUCUCUUCAAUCGCCUUUGGCGGGCAUCGCUGUUGCAGUUCAUGGCUCAAAUGUGUGGGGCCACAGCGAUGAAGUACUACCUACCCACAUUGCUCGGGAAACUAGGGGUUUCUACUCGGGUUACACUUCUGAUCGGUGGCAUCGAAUCCACAGCGAAAAUUGGGAUGACGGUUAUCGAAAUGCUGAUCAUCGACGUGGUGGGCCGAAGAACGACUUUAGUUGCUGGAUGUGCAGCAAUGAGUGCUGGAAUGCUUAUCAAUGGUGCACUCGGCGAAGCAUUCCCUGAUAACCAAAACAAGACUGCAGAUGUUGUCUGUAUCGUCUUUAUCUUUGUCUAUGCUAUAGGAUAUUCUAUGGGUUUCGGACCCGCUGCAUGGGUUUAUGGCUCAGAAAUCUUUCCCACAUCAGUCCGAGCAAGAGGUCUUAACUUUUCUGCUUCUGGUGGAGCUAUCGGGUCGAUAAUAGUCGCACAGGUCUGGCCGGUGGGUAUUGAUCAGAUUGGGUCACGUAUCUACUUCUUUUUCUUUGCAGUAAACGUUGUAUGCGUCCCAAUUAUUUACCUAUUUUAUCCGGAAACACGUGGGCGCGCACUUGAAGAUAUGGAUGUCUUGUUCUCCAAGAGCGUUAUUCGGCGAAACAGCAACCUGAGCGAAGAACAUGAAGACACAGCAGCACCAAAGCCCGCAGCUCAUGCUGUAUGGUCGACCUAG